AGGGCGGGAAUCUGCGGCGCUGUGUAAACACUACGGGAGGAGGGGGGUAUUUGAGACUGAUUUUGUGGUAUUUUUCGACCGAAAAGUGCUAAUCUUUUUUGCUCACGGCAUUCUUUGGAAUGUGUAGAUUGUGGAACAAGUGCUGAAAUAUGCUUAUCUAUUGUAAUUUGGCUAUGUUAGCCUUAGACAUGUUGCACUGUUGACGCUGAUGAAGAAUAGGCGGCACCAAAGCUUUAAAGACUAGUAUCUUUUGAAAUUGAAAUUUGCCUCUCAGUCUCUCAAGAUGCCAAAUAGAUGUGCAGGAUUUGAUUGCUGACAAACCAGGGAUGAGGCUCAAGAGUCAAGAGAUCACCCUGCAUUGGCAAGUGGCUGGAACAACCCCAGUGCCGCACAGUUCUGCGGGAUAUUCCGGCACCUGCUCCACCGCUGCGGCGUCCGGCCCGGCAGCACAGGGAAAGUGGCAGCCCUCGACCCGACCAGCAUCCUGGCAGUCGGUCACACGACCAGCGGACGGGGAGCCAGCCUUACUACCUCGGCCUCCACCACCUCAGACAACGGUGCCACGGCACUCCACAUCAUCACGGAGCACGACUUCCAGCCUGGGCUGUCGUCUGGUGGGCAACAUCGCCACCUACAUCGCAGGGUUCGUGGUGAAGAAGGCGCUCGACUCUGUCAGCUGUAGCACCUGUCAGGAGGCCCUGGUGAGCGACAUCCAGCCGGACGACAUGACACAGCUUUACCACCUCUUCAUCAUCUCUGCCAGAUGAGCUAAGGUGGGGACGGGUUACAUGCCUGGGAUCUGACUGAGACCCGCUCAUACCCUGCCGAAGUGUUGGUGAUUUCAGCGGUCAGCUGUCUCUAGCCAGUGUCAGUGAGUCGCGGCCAGCUGCCGCUGGAGUGGGUAUCUACCGUCGAUAGCUGCUGUGUGGCGGAUAGCGUGGAUUUG